CUGGAAGAGACCUCUGAGGCCAUCUUGUCCAACUUACUCAUUGUACAGAUAAGAAAACUGAGGCCCAGGGAGUACUGAGUGACUUAAUCAUAACUAACUUUUACAUAAUGAUUUAACCCCUUUACAAAUAUUUUCUCUUUUGAACCUGACAACAACCCUGGGAGGUAGGUGUUAGUACUAUCUUACCCAUUUUACAGAUGAGGAAAUUGAGGCAGACAAAGGGUUAAGUGAUUUGCCCAGGGGUCACAAACUGGUUAAGCUUCUGAGACUGUAUUUGGAUGUAUCUGACCUCGGGUCUUCCUGACCCCAGGCCCGGCUCACAAUGCCCUCCCCAGCCACCCCCUUGCUGACUUGCCCAAGGCAAGACAGCUCUCUGACACCAGAAGAAUUCGAAUCCCGGUCUGGUAGCAGAUGGAAGAGGCAGCGGCCAGGUACCUUUGCAGGCCAGGGCAAGUCACCUGUCCUUUAUGCACAGUGGGCUCCCCUGAGGACCCAGUCUGGGAGUGUACGAGAUCUCAGGGACAGGGCGGUGGGGAAGCCGAGAGCUCCGGAGGAGGGGGGAGGCCCCCGCGGGGAGGAAGAGGAGGCGGGGCAGUCCCGCCCUGGGAGGAGGAGCUUGGCACAGCCGGGGGCGGGGCCUCUAGGUUGGCGGAACCCUUUUCGGCCCCUCCCGCGCUGCCGCCCGGACGCAUUUCGCCGGCACACAGCCGCCCUAGCGACGGGCGCCUCGUUGCUAAGGGACGGCCUGAAGAACGGAUUCCUGUGCGCAUGGAGUCUGGAAGUUGCAGACCCCAGGCCUCCUCUCCAACCCUGCCUCAGCCUCUGAUAAUCCCCAGGAAUGCCAGCUCAGAUGUGCCAGCAGGGGCAGGUGGCAUUGGCGAAGGUGUUGACCGAGUGCUUUGAACCAUGGGCAAGCUCCAGAGCAAAAUCAAACAUAACACCUACAGAUACAGAACUGAAGGAUACGUGGAGGAGAAUGGAUCUACUAAAGUGGUCCAGGAGUACAAACAAGCUCACACUGAUGCUGUCAACUCAGUUACUGCUGUGAAUUCAGACAUUUGUGUUUCAGGAGGAAAAGAUAAGAUGGUUGUGGCCUACAAUUGGAGAUGUGGAGAUAUAAUGAAACAGUUCAAAGGACACGAACGGGAAAUCACUAAGCAUCAGAAUAAAUAUACUGGCAUCAAGAAGAUUGGCUUUUGUUGCAAGAAAUAGCUUCAGAUCACUGAAAACAUUGCAGUUUCCCAGAUGCAGUCCAGCCCUCUGUCUUCCUCUCUUCAAUUCUGUGUCUAGCUCAUUAUCCAAAUGCAGUGCCCAUCAAAGAUAUAUGUACUGAUGAAUUAACUUAAUGGACUGCUCAUCCAGCUUCAGCCAUAACCUAAGAAAUAUGCAGUCUUUGUACACUUGGGGGUUUUGUGUGAAUUACUAGGUCCAUCUCUUUUGAAUGAUUAUGAAUCUCAUUAAAUGUAAGCUCUGCGGUACUCUGGGAUUUGAUGAAGUCAGCUCAAUUUCAGCUGACAAUAGACACAUUUGGAGGGUUUCAUCAUCUGUAGGGAAUCCUUCUUACAUUUUGCCCUUACAUAAUCAUAUCUUCGAUGGUUAUGGGAAACACAUUUGGGAAGCGUGUAUGUCCCUAUUUUAUGCUUUGCUUGAUAUUGAUAAUCAGACGAUUGUUGGACGAAGUUAUCUCUGUGUUUGCAUCAAUCAGAAAUCUUGUGUGGUUUUAAUGUCAGGGGAAAUGCCUUGUUAAAGGAAAAUCUUUAAGGCUAUGUUUUGUUAUGUCAUGUUGAAUGCUUUUUGGUAAUCAAUAAUCAACACAGUGGGAUCUUGGUAUUUGCUGUACCUUUCAAUUAGUUGUGUUACUGGUUGAAGAUUAUCUGUGAAAGCUUUCUUGUUUCAAUAUCAUUUUGUUUCCAGGAAGAAUAUGCUGGAUAUAUGUAUAGAUUGUCCGUAUCAAGAUUUUUUUUUUAACAUGAGAAAAGUGGGCUUAAUGGAAUAAUA